GAUAAGUGCACAGCACGCGGAUGGGAACACAGCCGCAGAGAGAAGUGGUUCUCGUCUCGCGCCCGAUUGUUUAUUCUCCUCCGCUAGCCAGGUUCGCUGUCAUGCUACAGGACACGGAUAUGAGGUUUAUCCACCGUACGCGUUUUUGCUCUCGUGCACGAACCGGCAGACUUUAAGGACAAGCCUCUUGUUUUGUUUUGUUUUUCCACCGAGUUCAGGAUUCAGAAAACUUUUCUCUCUCGUGUUAAAAGGAAGCGAACGCACGGGUUCCGGUGGGUGCCGAACUGCCUCCUCUCCCCCCCCCCCCCCUUCUUUCUUUUUGCUGGAUUUCGGUGUUUUGUAAUCGUCUCAGGAGCUUGCCUUGGGUUUUUAUGGCUUUUUAAAAAAGUUUAUCAGCAAGAUUCAUGAAGAUUUUCUCGCCCAAAUUGUUGCUAACUGGAAGCAGCAGGUUCGGUUCACGAGCUCCGUUCCAGGCGUUCGACGUAGCGCGCGACGCUGGUUUAAAAGUUUGAAUAGUAACGAAAAUAACCGUCAUCUCCAGCGUGGGUUUUUAAAAAAUCGCCAUUUUUCCCGACGAAGUCCUACUCCUUUCUUUCACCUAUAUUUCUUGAGUAAAAUGCUGAAGUGACAUUAUUAUUAUUAUUUUUUUUCCAGUGUUUUUUAUUCGGAUAUAAAGUGAAACCAAAGCACACCGACUGGAGCGAGUGAGGAGAGGGGGAAAAAAUCUGCAAAGUUAGCAGAAAAAGGAGAGAGAGGCAUCAAAAAUCACGGAAAUCGCUUUGCCCCUUCCUCUCACAGGCUUCUAAAUGGAUUUUAUCAAAGCAACCCGCUUACUGUUGCACCUUUUGGACUAACACCGGCUCGGGUACAGACACCAGACAUUCCGCCAUUUCUGGAGAAAUAAAAGUGAAUUAUUUCUUUUUCAGUGGGGGUGUUUUUAUUUCCCUUUAGAGCUACGAUGAAAAGGCGCCGGAGACUUCUGAACUCGUCAGAGAAAUUCCAUCACUGUCGCAUCAUGAUAUGACACCGAGGACUGCUCUAUAAUAAUAAUAAUAAUAAUAAUAAUAAUAAUAAUAAUAAUAAUAAACGUUCACACCUUGGGACAUUGUGUUAAACAAUGGCAGCGUCGGCUUAUUUCCCCGGAAAUGGAGAGGCUGGACUUGAUUAUCAGCAUCACUGAAAUAACUGGAGCGUUUUCUUCUUUACAGACUUUAUUACGCAAAUAUUUGGGGCUGCGCAUGCGCGAAGAGAGCGGUCACGUGCUCGGCACCCGCGAGUUUCAGGCUGUUAAUGGGUGGUGUCAAAAGUCUAAGUGUGUGACGACUCCAUAUCUGCGCACAGAAGAGGACACACACUCCCACGUCCCGCAAAAAUGAAUGAGAGACAGGCUCUCCAUUCCAUAAUGAAGGACCUGGUGGCGCUGCAGAUGACCAGGCGGCAGCCAGUGCCAGCUUACGACAUGGCCAAAAGCAAGCCUGCUAACACGGCUAGCAUGGCUAACAGACAGGACGACGUCAGGAUCAAGUUUGAGUUCUGCGGAGAGAGAAGGAUACUGAUGUUCAGUCGGCCCGUGCAGUUUGAGGAAGUCCAGCAAAAGGUCAAGACUGUCUUUGGUCAGCAGCUAGAGCUCCACUAUAUGAACAAUGAGAUGUCAAUCCCGCUGCAUGGCCAGGAUGACCUGGACAAGGUUGUUGACCUGCUGGACCGCAGCUCAAACAUGAAGAGCAUAAAGAUCCUGCUGCUAACAGAAGAACACAGCAAUGUCUCGUCCAUGACUCAUCACUCUGGGUACAAGCAGGUCCGAAUCAAAGCCUCGCAGUCCAUGGGGGAUGUGAGCACAGCGUAUCAGUCCUCUGAACCCAGGGGACGUCACCCGUCCACCAGUUCUCAGAACACUGGACGGAGCUCUCCGCCUCCCGGAUACGUCCCGGAGCGGCAGCAGCGCAUCGCUCGCCAGGGAUCCUACACCAGCAUUAACAGUGAGGGAGAGUUCAUACCCGAGACCAGUGACCAGUGUGGGCUGGAUCCGUGGAGCAGUGCGGAAAAUUCCAUAUCCGGAAGCUGCCAGUCUCUCGACAGCAACUCUGAAAGCCCCUCACUCCGGAAGUCCCGCAUGCACAGAGCCAGAAGUUAUCCCGAUAACAGACAGGAUUGUGCAGACCGGGAGAAUCACGUGUAUGAUAAGAUUAUCGCUAAAGGUGGGACGUACCCACGGAGGUACCCGGUCUCUCCGCAUCACAAAGACCUCAGUGAGGGUCGCCGGACGUUUCCACGGAUACGACGUCCCCAGGGGAACCUGUUCACGCUGGUGCCAUCGCGCCGUUCGCUCAACGGCAGCGAGGAGAGUCUCGGAAGCUGGCAGAUGGUCGACCCCCACUCCCGGCUCCGCCCCAAAGACCGCCCGCUGCCUCACAAGUCCCCCACAGCUCCUGUGACAUGGAGGAGAGGGAAACUGCUGGGUCAAGGUGCAUUCGGCCAUGUUUAUCUCUGCUACGACGUGGACACUGGACGGGAACUGGCAGCUAAACAGGUCCAGUUCGACCCGGCAAGCCCGGAGACCAGCAAGGAGGUCAGCACUCUGGAGUGUGAGAUUCAGCUCCUGAAGAAUCUGCAUCACGAGCGCAUCGUGCAGUACUACGGCUGCCUCCGGGACCACAACGAGAAGACGCUGACCAUCUUCAUGGAGUACAUGCCUGGGGGGUCAGUGAAAGACCAGCUGAAGGCGUACGGCGCUCUGACGGAGAACGUGACCCGCAAGUACACCAGGCAGAUCCUGGAGGGAAUGUCCUACCUGCACAGCAACAUGAUCGUCCACAGGGACAUUAAAGGUGCCAAUAUCCUGAGGGAUUCGGCAGGGAACGUGAAACUCGGAGACUUCGGGGCCAGCAAGCGCCUGCAGACCAUCUGCAUGUCCACUACGGGGGUGCGCUCGGUCACCGGGACACCGUACUGGAUGAGUCCGGAGGUCAUCAGCGGAGACGGAUACGGACGCAAAGCGGAUGUGUGGAGUCUCGGCUGCACCGUGGUGGAGAUGCUGACGGAGAAGCCGCCCUGGGCCGAGUACGAGGCCAUGGCAGCCAUCUUUAAAAUUGCCACUCAGCCCACGAACCCGGUGCUGCCGUUGCACAUCUCAGAGCAGACCAGAGACUUCAUCCGGCGCAUCUUCGUCGAGGCCAAACUCAGGCCGAGCGCAGAAGAGCUGCUCAGACACCCGUUCUCCCAAAUCUUCUGCUGAGCGAGCUCUUCACCUGGAAAGCCGUAUUUAUGACACGCAGAGUGACCACAAAGCAGACCGAAGCACAAGAGCUGGGAAUCAUCCAGCCAAGAGCUGGUGUUUAAUUAGUCCUUUAAUGGUGUUGUCGCAGUACUCAGUUUCUACCAGCAGGGGGCAGUGUGCUAACACCAUCUUCAAAUCAAUACUUGGGCUGCGAAAUAUGAAUCAAAUACAUUAUUGUGGUUAUAUAUUGAGCUGCAGAACCUGAUAUAUGACUGUUAAAGAUUAAUCAGAACACAAUAAGUCAUAAUAUUGAUAGCAUGAGAUCUGUCAGGCGUCUUGUGAUUAAUAAACCAUGUAUUGUGCAGCCUACGUCUUCCAAAGCCGAGGGUCUCGGCUCUCAUAACUGGAUUGAUACUACGAUCCGUAGCGCUGAUCUAGCUCACCGGGUCAGUCACGUUAGCGUCGUGUCAGUCGUCAGAGAGGUGAAGCUACAGGCUGCGUUUCAGUCGUGAGCUUUCCUUUCGCUCACAGUCCAAAUAAACACUCUCCGUUAAAGGGUGUGUAGAUACCUGACACUUUUCUCUUACUGCCCGGACAACCCGUACGCUUUUUGAGGCAAAACUGUAACUGUAACCUCGCGGCUUUAAAUCCUCGCGAGUCUCAGGAUAACAUCGUGUGACAUGAUUCAGGGGAACAUUUGAGUUAGAACCUCCUAGCAGUGGUGAGCUUCUUCAACUAGCUGGCUUAACUAUUAGCUAAUAUAUUUUCUGGACUAUAAAUGCACUAUAAGUUUGCCUUUUACUUCAAUUCUAUACGUUAUAUCGAUUAUUAAACCCUGUUAUUGAUGCUUGCUUGUUUUCUUAAACACAUUAUAAUAUAGAUUAUAUCCACACGCUACACACUACAGAUGCAAUCUCUAGAGCUCGGAGGUGUGGAAACACUGGUGCGUUUAUACUCCAGAGAAUAUAGUAGCUGAUGGGCUUGUGGGAUACGACGACUUCAUCCUCUCCACGUCAUUCGAUUACCAUCUGCCUUAAGUAGGCAUUAGAUUGCGCCAGGAUGUCUCAUCAUCCGAAAAGAAUAAUCAGAUCGAGCCGGAUGAAGAAUAUCGCUUUUCCCUUUCUGUAAUCCUUUUCCUUUAAUUGUACAUGGCGGCUCAUUUUCUGCCUCGUCUGCCAGUCCUGGACGAUUACAACGUAAAAUUAUAUAUAUAUAUCAACUCUAUAUCAAAAGGACAGGAGUCUGAAUCUAAAUAUUCCCAGCUGUUAAUGGAGACUCUUAGAGGUUUUUCAGUUCCUUUUACAGUUGCCUCAAAUCGCUAGCAAGGUAUCACGCCUUUCACUAACUGAAACGUGUUCUGAUAUCCGGUGUUUGAUUUUUAAUUUUUAUUAUUUUUUUCUGAGAAUAAGCCAAAGAGCAUGAAAUCUGCCCCGAAUUCUCUCCAGUUCCUUCAGGCAGUGGUGUUAAAAUCCUCCUAUUUAAUCCAGGUGGAGAUUGUGCCUUAAGUGUCCAAUUUUUAUUUUUUAUUAUUUUAUAUUAUUAUUAUUUUUUGUUUAAAAAAAAACUCUGAUGCACUUUUGUAUAAAUGAAUGUUUUGGGUUUUCUUUCUUUUUUUUUUAAUAUUUACCACAUUUUUAUUUUUUCUUGCCAAAGUUUCCAUAAUGUGAAAUCUCUUUCACUUUUAUUUAUAUCCCAGUGCUCAGCUGUCUUUUUUUUUUUGCAUACACAAAUAUUCAUGUACAAAUAUAUUUUUAUAUCGAUUUUUUUUAUACAUGGAGACAGAACGAUACUUUUCGGGAUACGGAAAAAAAAAAAAAAAGACGAGACGAGGCGAGACGAGGCGGUGUUAGAAACCCGAAUCUAAGAGAAACAAUGUUAGCAGCUGGUUUUGCAAAGACAUUUCUGAGCGGGGAAAAAAAAGGCGCUCUGGUGGUUCGACCCAAGCAGAAAAGCCGAGUGGAUGUGUGUGUGUGUGUGUGUUCUGGAGAACAGAGUGAUCAUGAGAUGUUUCUACAGAAUGACUUGUGUUAUAACGGUGCAGUUAACAGGUAACUUGCCCCUGAAGCUGAUUGUGCGCCUGAUGGAUAUUUUGGGACGUCGAGAAAAAAGAGAAAGAAGGAAGCGAGUGAGAGAUUUAAACGGUUUUAGAAAGUCAUGCACCUUUACAAUCGCUUCAUGGCAGCUGAAAGAAACCGAACUCACGACCUCAGUAUUAUCCGGUUCCGUCUGAGUGAGGAGACGAACAUCCUGACACUUUUCUAGAAAUUUCUAGAAGUAAUUUUUCCAAUUCCCAGAUUGAAGCUUGACGGACGCGACUUUUCUGACAGAAGCAGGCAAUUUUCAGUUCAAUUUAUUUGUAUAGCAGUUUUAACAUUGGACAUUGUCUCAAAGCAGCUUUAUAGAAGAAAAAAAAAAUGAUAGAGUUACUAUUUCAUCCCUAAUGAACAAGCCUGAGGCGAGGAAAAACCCUGAAAUGAUAUGAGGAAGAAACCUUGAGGCUCAGAAAGGAACCUCAUCCUCGUUUGGAUGGCACCGGGCUAGUAAAUAAUGUAAAUGUUGACAAUGUCCUUUCUACAACAGCACCCAAGAGCUCUUGAGGAACUAAGAGGUCAGUGGAGUUGACUUAGCACUAACUCCUUCCUGCCGAAAGCUGACUCAUGCGACGGCAGUACACAGACGGAGUGAUAGUCUCCGAGUGGUUCUAUCCACAGCGCUAUCUGCCCUCUUCCUCAUACAUCAGCUCACAGAUGGCUAUGAUUGGCUAGAAUCACUACGACUAACACGCCAUCAUCCUUCCCACUCAGACUCCACAGCCUAGUUUAGCUCUCUUCGCAUCUGUGAGAUCUGGAAAGUUCAGGUCAUUAAACACGUUGCAUGUUAAUAGAUUCUGGACUUUCUAAUAUCCCAGAACAGUUAUAUACACUAUAUUGCCAAAAGUUUUGGGACACCCCUCCAAAUCAUUGAAUUCAGGUGUUGUUUUUCAGGGGUUGGGCUCGGCCUCUUAGUUCCAGUGAAAGGAACUCUUAAUGCUUCAGCUUCAUACCAAGACAUUUUGGACAAUUUCAUGCUUUGUGGGAACAGUUUGGGGAUGACCCCUUCCUGUUCCGACAUGACUGCACACCAGUGACCAAAGCAAGGUCCAUAAAGACAUGGAUGAGUGAGUUUGGUGUGGAGUCCUGACCUCAACCCCAUAGAACACCUUUGGGAUGAAUUAGAGUGGAGACUGUGAGCCAGACCUUCUCAUCCAACAUCAGUGCCUGACCUCACAAAUGUGCUUCUAAAGAAAUGGUCAAAAAUUCCCAUAAACACACUCCUAAACCUUGUGGAAAGCCUUCCCAGAAGAGUUGAAGCUGUUAUAGCUGCAAAGCCCAGGACAACUCCAUAUUACAUUCAUGUGCAAGUACAGGCAGAUGUCCCAAAACUUUUGGCAAUAAAGUGUAUAUUGGAAAAACAUUACAUACUCUUUUGGAUCCAGCAUCGAACAUCUCCAUCAUCAAAUCUAAAAACCUCUCUUUCCUCCAUCUCAGCUUUCAGAGACCGCGUAAUACUGAGGUCACGAGGCGAACGAACGUGUCGACGCAGGAGGACGCCAGAGCGCCGGGUUUCGCUCAGCUCGACGGUUUUGUUUAGCUCAGGGUUCGAGUGACACGUGUCCAUCUCGAGGACACACAAAUCGUCCGACCGAUCACUGCUGGUGUUCCCAUCUCCUUCAGCCAGUGACGGAUUGUUUUAGCGUGGCUGCUAUCGUGUUUCUGGCAGCUAGCUAUCAGUUUCGUACCAAUUUUUAUUUGAGCUCCACUCUUCGAGGAGUGUUUUAUUCGCUAGAGUUUCUGAGAACCCUGAGGUAAGCAAAAGACUAUGAAGCAAUAAGUGAAUUAUAUAUGAUAUAGGAUGUAUCAUGACACAGGACUUGCAGUGCAAAGUCUUAAUGUAUCAAAGUCAUUUACAAUAAAAAUAAAUGUAUGCUCUGAA